AUGUCACUUACUGCAGAUGAAAUCCCCAUCGCCGGGCCUACAUCGAUGACUAUUGCCCCAGGAUUACCACUCGGAGAUGAAUCACUGGUAUCAACAAUGAACUAUGCCAUUGGAUCAACGGGCUUCAUAAAAUACAGCCAAGCUGAGCAAGAGUUAAUCAGUCUCAUCCCAAGUCAGCGAGAUGCGGUCUUAAUCUGCACUCAUACAAUGGCGUGGGUCAUGGAUUUCGCCCAACCACCGGGUACGUUUUGGCGGCCCAAGGAGCCAAUCCCGAUCAGAUUACCGCACACGGUGGUGGGCUCCCAUAUUUUGAUUGUUGCACAGAUGCUGCUAUAUUUUGCCCUCUGUUUGCAACAGCUUCCUCCAGACUUUCAUAGCGCCGAUUUGGAUAUUGGAAAUCCGGAGGAUACGGCCCAGUCUUACAUCCAGGCAGUGACUCGUGUAGUAUUGGCGAAUGAUGAGCUGGCUUGCUCUGUUCAAGGAGUCGAAUGCCUUUCUCUACUAGGGAUGAUACACAUCAAUGAGUUUCAUAUUGGAAAGGCUUGGUCAAUAUUCAGGCGAGCUCUCGACCUUUUGCGUCUCCUAGGAUUCCAUUCAUGCUACUCUCCUUCAAACCAGGAUCACUCACUAGACCUUACAACACAACGACAUCUCUGGCUUUCUGCAGUCAUGGGAGAUUGUUACUGCAGCAUGCUUCUCGGAUUUGAAACUGCGAGCGGUGUCAAACCGUUCGCGGAUAUGAACAUGAGCGGUUCAGCAGGGGAGGACAUCAUCUACCACCAGCUAUGCAUCCUCUCCAUCCAACUCACGGGCUCCGAUCGUAUCGGUCCUGAGGGCAAGCUCCGCGAUACCUCGAUUCUGAACCAGGAGCUUGAAAAACUGGAGGGUUCAAUGCCUGAUUCGUGGUGGAAAGCGCCAAAGAUGCCUUUUUCUCGAUCUUUUGAAGCAGCCAGAGAUUAUGAGCGCCUUACUUGCCAGGUGUGGUUCCUCUUGCUGAGGCUGCUAACAAAUCUCCCUUUCAUCAAUGAGACGGGUUCAAACACGAAGGAGGGUGCUUUCAAAGAGCUUGCACUAGAAGCCGCGAGGAUUAUUCUUCACCGACACGAGCAGCUCGUUCACCGUGCUGGAAAUACCCAGCUUCAUUGUCGUGUGUUAGACAUAGGUAGCUUCAUUGCUGCGGCUACCAUUAUUCUGGCCCAUGCCACCGCAUCGGGGCCUGGUACACGACAAGGCUCUGAUAUGAUACUGGCCGAGGGCACUGCUGAUUCAUUCACUGCAAUCAGCCAAGACUGUCCGAGGGAAAAGGUCGCUAAGCAAGGCUCUGAGGCUCUCCGGGCGCUCCUGGCUGCGGGUAUGGUUCACAAAGAGGGCGAUGCAUCCUCGCACGCAAACGGUGUGCAAUCAAUCGAGCUCUAUCCAUCAACCGAUAGACAUGAUGGUGCUCGGGAAUUGUUGUCCAGGCUGUUUCGCAAACAUUUGGUCCACAGUCCAGAUGCCAUCGAUCUCAUUGACCAAGCACUCAAUCAGAAGACAACUGAGCCGCCGUUUCCCAUUUCCGAGACCAAUCUUCUCGAUUUUCUCUUAAGCGACGAAGAAACUCUCCCAGUGGCAACUUGA